AUGACUGCGGAGGGGUGCCAGGUGGGGCCGAGAGCCUCUCGCAGGGCCUGCCUGCUGCUCUUCCUCCUGGCCCCGUUUGCAGGGACCCAGCCGGCUUGCUUUUUCCAGGCACAAGCUCCCUGCCUCUACAAAGGGAUGCAUUUUGCUCCCUGGGAGGCCUGGCGAGAUGCCCAGUGCUUGAACUGCGGCUGCCUGCACCCCUUUGGCGUGGGCUGCUGUGACACGCAUGAUCGUAUGUCGCGCCCCUUGGACUUCCCCGACUGGUGCCAACUUCACUACCACUUCCAGACCUGCGAGGUCUCGCUGGUGCAGAAAGCUCGCCCACGCCUGCCUUGCGCCCAACGCCCGGAGGAGCAUGAAUGGGGCUCGGCAGACCACCCAGAAUGA